GCAGUGGUGUAGCGGGACUACAGUACCCAGAGUGCACCACGGCACAGGGCAGCAUGUAAACAGGAAGUAAACUGAAGGACGAAGAGACCAAUGAUAGUGUUUGUGAGGUAUAACCUCGGGGAGGAGGUUCCUCUGGAGCUGCACGAGGAGGCCAGAGUUUCUGAUCUGAAGGAGGCGGUAGGGUCUCAGCAGGGGGUCCGACCGGAGCUGCUGAGGGUUCUGUUCGCUGGGAGGGAGCUGAGGAGCACCUCCACCCUGCAGGAAAGUGACCUCCCGGAGCAGAGCACCGUUCAUGUGGUCCUCCCCCCUUCGGACUCCUCCCCCCCCCUCCCCCCUUCGGACUCCUCCCCCUCCCUCCCCCCUUCUGACUCCUCCCCUUCCCUCCCCCCUUCGGACUCCUCCCCCUCCCUCCCCCCUUCUGACUCCUCCCCUUCCCUCCCCCCUUCUGACCCCCAAACAGGGGGAGGAGCAUCAGACGAGGUUCCGGCUGCAGGUGAGACAGGUUCCUGCAGUUCUUUCUUCGUGUUCUGUAAGACCUGCAGGUCGGUGCAGCCGGGGAAGCUGAGGGUCCGCUGCAAGACCUGCAGGAACACAACGCUGACUCUCAGCAGGGGUCCGUCCUGCUGGGAUGACGUUCUCCUCCGAGGCCGUAUCCAUGGUGUGUGUCAAUCAGACGGUUGUCAAGGCAACGAAGCAGAGUUCUAUAUGAAGUGUGCGUCCCACCCGACCUCCGACGACGACCUCUCUGUGGCCCUGGACCUUAUCAUGACCAACAUUAGGAGCGUGCCCUGCAUCGCCUGCACCGACAUCAUGCCAGUGGUGCUGGUGUUCCCCUGCUCUGAGCGUCAUGUGAUCUGCCUGCCGUGUUUCCGUGGUUACUGUGAGGUCAGACUGAGGGAGGGGCAAUUCGUCCUCCAUGCUGAGGUCGGAUACACUCUGCCCUGCGCAGCCGGCUGCGCUGACUCUCUCAUUAAAGAGCUGCAUCAUUUCAGGAUCCUGGGAGAGGAACAGUAUGGGCGGUACCUGCAGUUUGGGGCGGAGCGCUGCUUGCUGCUGAUUGGAGGACUGAUGUGUCCGUCAGCGGGCUGUGGGGCGGGGCUUGUGCCCCCCCCAGGUAUAAAGCGGCUGCAAUGUGACCCUCGGCUCGGCUGCGGAUUCAUCUUCUGCAGAGACUGCAGGGGGGGGGGCCCACGAGGGGGCGUGUCCUCCCACACAGGCCCCGCCCACAGCAGCAGACCCACAG